CGGGAGUCAAUUUUUUUCUUAAAUUACACUUUUCUCGAGAGAGGAAACUUUGGUUGGGAGCGAGAGAGACAGUCAUGAGUCAUCAAUCCUUCUCCAUAGUCAAAUCUAAUCACUCUCUUUUUCGACCAUACGAUUCCCGGUUAUUAGCUCUUCAGAUUUCGAAAUCCACCUGAGGGUUUCCGUUUUUUUCCUGGAGCGCAAUGGAGGAGGAGCUGCUCAAGAAGAUGCUUGAGCUAGAGCAAAGUCAGGAGCUUCUAAAGCAGGAGAUGUCUAGGCUCAAGCUCUCCACGGAGCUUAGGCAGCCGUCGCAUCCGGUGUUGCCGCGUCGGCCGUUGAGACGUAUCCAGGGAUCGAUGAAUUCGAAUCCAUCGCCCGGGAAGUUCACUGAUAAACAGUAUUUGAAUAUUUUGCAGUCGUUGGCUCAGUCUGUUCAUGUCUUAGAUCUCAAUACGCGAAUUAUCUUUUGGAAUGCCAUGUCGGAAAAGCUUUAUGGGUACUCUGCUGCAGAAGUAGUUGGGCGGAACCCAGUACAUGUUAUUGUAGAUGAUCAGAAUGCUGCCUUUGCCUUGAAUGUUGCUCGACGUUGUGCCAAUGGAGAAAGCUGGACAGGGGAGUUUCCUGUCAAGACCAAAUCAGGAAAGAUCUUUUCAGCUGUCACUACGUGUUCUCCCUUUUAUGAUGAUAACGGCACUGUUGUUGGUAUCAUUUCUAUCACAAGUGACAUUGCACCCUAUCUCAACCCGAGACUCUCUUUGCCUAGAUUGAAGCCGCAAGAACCUGAGAGGAAACUUGGUUUGGACUCCAAAGGAGCUGUUAUAUCGAAACCUGGCCUCGACUCUGAUCAGCCUAUACAAGUUUCUAUAGCAUCAAAGAUAUCAAGUUUGGCAUCCAAGUUGAGCAACAAAGUCAGGUCAAAAAUGCGAGCAGGUGAUAACAGUGCCUGUGGGGAUAGUCAUCAUUCAGAUCAUGAUGUAUUCGGUGAUACUCUCUCUGACCACAGGGACGACGCAGCGUCAAGUGGUGCUAGCACACCAAGAGGGGAUUUUAUCCAAUCUCCUUUUGGUGUUUUCACAUGUUACGAUGACAAGUUUCCUUCAAAACCCUCCAAAGAUUCCAGUGAUAGAAAGCCUGCAAUCCAUAAGGUUCCCACCUCAAAAGCUGAAGAAUGGAUGGUAAAGAAAGGUUUGUCACGUCCAUGGAAAGGGAAUGAGCAAGAAGGUUCAAGAGUAAGGCCUACUCAUUCUGUAUGGUCUUGGGUAGAAAAUGAACAAGAGAAAGAUAAGUACCACCAGAUUUAUCCCUCUGCUGGUGUUAAGUCUGAAAGCCAUGGCUCUGAAAGUAAUAAGCCUACUGAUGACGAAGCUUCUAAUAUGUGGUCUUCCUCUAUAAAUGCAAACAGCACAAACAGCGCUAGUAGUUGCGGCAGUACCAGUAGGAGUGUUAUGGACAAGGUUGAUAUAGAUAGCGAUCCCUUGGAACAUGAAAUUUUAUGGGAUGAUUUGACAAUCGGGGAACAAAUUGGACGAGGUUCAUGUGGAACUGUCUAUCACGGUAUCUGGUUUGGAUCUGAUGUAGCUGUGAAAGUGUUCUCCAAACAAGAAUAUUCAGAAUCAGUCAUAAAGUCUUUUGAAAAAGAGGUAUCGCUGAUGAAAAGACUUCGACAUCCUAACGUUCUGCUGUUUAUGGGAGCUGUGACUUCACCCCAGCGUCUCUGUAUAGUGUCAGAGUUCGUUCCACGUGGAAGUCUCUUCCGUCUACUGCAGAGAAGUAUGUCGAAACUUGAUUGGAGGCGACGUAUCAACAUGGCCUUGGACAUUGCUCGCGGUAUGAAUUAUCUUCACUGUUGUAGUCCACCCAUCAUCCACCGUGAUCUGAAGUCGUCAAAUUUGCUGGUAGACAGGAACUGGACCGUUAAGGUAGCUGACUUUGGUCUUUCGCGUAUUAAGCAUCAGACAUACCUAACUAGCAAGUCGGGAAAGGGAACGCCUCAAUGGAUGGCACCUGAAGUUCUUCGAAAUGAGUCUGCUGAUGAGAAGUAUAUUCUCGUGUUCUGUUUGGUUAAAUUCCCAGAUUACUUGUUUUUCUAGCCUCAAUCGCUAACUAGCUCCAUUUCUUUGAGACAGGUCUGACAUUUAUAGCUUUGGAGUAGUAUUAUGGGAGCUUGCCACAGAGAAGAUCCCAUGGGAAAAUCUCAACUCGAUGCAGGUAUCUUUCUGAGCGAUAGAACAAUGAAAGUGUUUUCACUUACAAUUGUUCCUAGAAAUCACAUAUUUGGUCAAAACUUACAUGUUUUGCUCUAUCAAUGAAGCUGACAAAUAAUAAGAAUCUCUAUGCCAAAAGAUUGGUUUCAGGGUAAACCUCUAUUAAAAAUCCAUCUAGUUUCAGGUGACUAUAAAUAAAUUGUACUAAUUAGGAAGGUAUGAAUCAUAAACACCAUUAUACUUACUGUAAUGUGUAAACAAGUGAAUUGUGCUGUUACACACAUACACUUUGAAAUACCUGCAGGUGAUCGGAGCUGUGGGGUUCAUGAACCAGAGGCUGGAAAUUCCAAAGGACACUGAUCCUGAUUGGAUCUCAUUAAUAGAGAGCUGUUGGCACAGGUAAAUUAACAUAUUGAACAUUGCAUAAUCCUUGCUAAAGAAUACAACCUUUCAUUAUCACGGUUCUCCUUGAUUUAGAUGUUCAACAUAAGUCACAGCUAACAGUGACAUUAUUUUGCGUUGGUAUUUCUGUUUAUCCCACACUGCAGCGAUACAAAGCUGAGACCCACAUUCCAAGAACUGCUGGAGAAACUACGAGACCUGCAAAGAAAGUAUAUGAUACAGAGAAACUAAGUGACCUCCCAAGAAAGAAUUCAAUACAGUUCCAAGCGACUCGUGCUGCGUUACUUUACAACCCUCUCCUCAAGGAGAAUAAUGCAAAACAAAGUUGACAUAUAUCUCUUAUGCUUAUUUGUUCCUUGAGGCACCGCUUCAAGACUCAAAGACUGUUCAUAAAAACAAAGAAAGAUCGAGAAUUGAUCUGCUUUUAGCAGCAACGAGUGGAACCAUGAUAUGGUGGGGUGCACAUGUCUUCCAUCACUAAACAAGGUUAUGGCGUGGGGGAUGUCAUUUCUUUCUAAUGAUGCAAGCGUGAUCUUGAGGCCUCAGAUUGUUUGGUUUGACUUUGUCAAACAGAAACAGAGUGACAAGAUGGAGCUGCUUUAGAAAUCUGCACGGUCUAACCUUCCUGCAGUGAAGUACAUGGAAUACGCAGUCCAAGUACACGCUCUUUAAAGCAAACAACCUCGUACUCAACGUCAACGAGCUAUUAUAUAUCUCUUCUUGAACCUUCUAGCAAGUAGUAGGAUGUUCACUAAGCAAGAGAUUGGUUAUCGCAGCGGGCUCUUCCUCCUCGCUAGAUCCAUCGGGUAACUCUCCUAACCGGACACAUUCAUCUUGUUCAUGAAGCAAUUUGAAUUUGUUAGAUCCACGAAUAUAAAUGGUCGCAGGCAGCAGACAUUCGACAAAAAAGAGACCGAAAGCAGCCAUUGUACACGAGUGGGAAGAUGUCUUAUACUCCAACCGAUACCUAUUUGUGUUUUCGUUUGCGAUUUCCCCAUAACCACCACCACCC